AUGUUGGGAAGCAGUAUUUUCCAGAUCCUUUCUUUCCUUGCCGGCGUUGGCCACGCCGUGAAUCUCAAGGUAGCCAGGGAUGGAGGAAAUGCGUCAUCUCCGCUCAUGUACGGAAUUAUGUUUGAGGACAUCAAUCACUCAGGCGACGGUGGUAUCUACGCGGAGCUGAUCCAAAAUCGCGCAUUCCAAGGUAGUACCGAAUUCCCUUCCACUCUUACCCCGUGGGAAGCAGUUGGAAAUGCGAAAUUAACCCUUCAAAAUACUACUUCGCCACUCUCGUGGGCUCUUCCAACAUCCGUGAACGUGGCUCAAGGACCUGGAUCUGUGAAGGGAGGAGUUAUUGGUCUGCAAAAUCCCGGCUGGUGGGGAAUCAGUGUUAAGCCGCAGACUUACACGGGUAGCUUCUGGGCAAUGGGAUCAUAUGAUGGCGACUUCACUGUGAAACUGCAGUCAGCUAUCACAUCCCAAGUCUGGGCAAGCGUGGACGUCAAGUCAGGAUGCCAGAAGGGUAAAUGGAUGGAACACAAGUUUCAACUCCAUCCCAAGACUGCAGCUCCUAAUACAAAUAACACCUUCGUCCUCGAGUUCCAGGCAGGCCGUGGCUCAGUCAAUUUCAAUUUGAUUAGCCUGUUCCCCCCAACGUAUAACAACAGACCAAACGGAAAUCGUCCCGAUCUGAUGGACGGCCUGAAAGGGCUCAAGCCAAGCUUUUUCAGAAUGCCAGGGGGAAAUAACAUUGAAGGAGAUACCUAUAACUAUCGCUGGAAAUGGAAUGAGACCAUUGGCCCCUUGACCCAACGACCUGGACGGCCAGGAACAUGGGGCUAUGAGAAUACCGAUGGACUUGGUCUUGUUGAAUAUCUUCAAUGGUGUGAAGACCUUGAAGUCGAGCCGGUUCUUGCUGUGUGGUCAGGAGUGUACCUGAACGGGUAUAACAACACCGAUCCUGACGUGAUCCCUGAGGCAGAUAUUGGUAUCUAUGUUCAAGAUGCAUUGGACGAAUUGGAGUUCAUCAUGGGUGACGUAACAACCAAGUAUGGAGCCUUGAGGGCAUCUCUCGGGUAUCCUCGGCCAUGGAAGAUCAAUUACGUCGAAAUUGGCAACGAAGACAAUCUUUCUGACCCCGCCUCGUACACAAACUACCGCUUUAUGGCUUUCUACGAUGCAAUCCACGCUGCUUACCCAUGGAUCAAACUUAUCUCAUCUACCGGUGAUCUUACUGCUAUUGCUGGACACAGUGGAACCGAUUACCAUGAGUACUCUAGACCCAACAUAUACGCCACCCAGUUCGGUCUGUGGGAUAACGCAAACCGUUCCCAUCCUGUUUUACUGGGUGAAUAUGCAACCAUACAGCCUAAUAAGGCCGAUCCAUCCGCACCAGUUGACUGGAGUGGUGCUGAGCCGAGGUUGCAAUAUCCAAUCUGGGUUGGCGCCGUGGGUGAAGCAAUCUAUACCCUUGGUGCCGAGAGGAACGGUGAUGUUGUGAUUGGUGCAAGCUAUGCACCAGGUUUUCAGAAUUUGAACGACUUUCAGUGGGCUCCUGAUCUUGUCAGCUUCAAUGCAGACCCAGCCCAAGAUGUUUUCUCGACCAGCUACUAUGCUAUCCAGCUUCUCUCCUCCCAUCGCUAUACCCACACUGCACCAAUGACUUCCGACUCAGGAUUUGGACCUGCUUUCUACGUCGCAGGUGUAAACCAGGGGACAAACGAAUAUACCUUCAAGGCUGCCAUUUACAAUACCACUACACCUGUACCCUUUGACAUCGACUUCGAGGGUCUGGGCCACGGUGCCAAGGCAACCCUUACUGUCCUCAAUGCACCAAGUGGACUUUCCAGCAACGCUGUCGGAAGAGAGAAUGUGGUCAAGCGAACAGUUACUGAGCUCAAAGCACAGAAGGAUGGAGUGUUCUCGUUCGAGCUGAAGCAGUAUGACAUUGCAGUCUUAACUACCUUCUAA